AUGACAAAAGUUGGAAGAGAUUGCAUGAAAAUGACAUGUCCCCUGUAUUCGUGGGGAUGCAUACCCCAGAGAAGGAAAAAGGAUCCUCUUCCGAAGGAUCGUACAAAAAGAGUCGGGAAUUUAUCUCCUCAACAAAUAAAUGCGAAAGUCCUGAACGUUCUCUGCAGCGUGUUGGAAGAAUGGGAGACAGCAAAGGUGUUGUGUCAUUAUGGCAAGCAAGUUAUAGAUGCUAGCUUUGCCUCUUCCACUCUUGGAAUGCUAAAGGAUAAAGGAAGUACAAAGGAAAAAGUACCAAAAUCCAAAGUAAAGUUAUUGAAAGAAACACCAGAGAAAAGAAACACUGAUAAAAAGGUGACUCUGAAACUGCAGGAGCUUAAGAAGGAACCUAAGGAACAGACUCCUUAUAGUAACCAGCUUCAGAGAAGUUGGUCAUUGACGUCUGCAGACACAGGACUUCGUUCUAUUGGUAAAGUAAAGGAUGAAGGAGGUGCAAAGGAAAAAGUCCCAAACGAUGAAGGAAAGUCCUUGGAGAAAACGCCAGAAAAAGCCUACAAAAAGGUGACACUGAAAUUGAAGGAGGAAGCAACAACUUGCAACAGGCAGCUCCAAAGAAGUCAGUCACUGAAGCUAGAAGACAUAAUCCAUAGCAGAGUUGAAGUGAAUAAAGCAGAAAAAAUAGUCCCAAAGGCUAAAGUAAAGCCCAUGGAGGCAACGCCAAAAAAGGCAGAUGAAAAGGGGGCACAAACAUUGAAGGUGGAAACAACUUACAACAAGCAGCUCCAAACAAGUCAGCAACUGAAGCUGGAAGAUCGUUCCCUUAGCAGAACGGAAGUGAAGGAAGCUGAAGUGUCAGAUGUAAAAAUCAAGAAACACUCGGAAGAUGUGAAAUUCAGUACAAAAACAGAGACGCUGCUUAAAAGUCAGGAAGGAUUAGCAGAACUGUCUAAUCUGCGUAAGGAUGUCAGGGACAUGAAAAUUGCUCUCGAAAAGAAAAAGGGAAGAAAAGGCAAACAUCACUCAAACAAUGUCAAGAAAAGACACAAACAUCAUUCAAACAACCUCCCACACCAGCUCUAUUUUCAUCUUCUCCUCAACCAGCAUUCUAUCCUUCUCCAAAAGUAUGUUCUUCUCCUUCCCCUCCUCCUGUAGUUUUUUCUCCUCCUGCACCAAAGGCCCCUGUUGCCCCUCCAAAGCCAUCUGCUCCCUCAGGGUAUGUGCAAGUGAGGGAACAUUACCGACAAGGUCAUGAAGUGAAGGGUCACUGGAGGGGCGACACUUGGGUCGAACCGUACUAUCGUCAAGGUCAUACAGUCAGUGGUCAUUACAGAAGGAAAUGAUAACUGAAAGAGAUUUUUGCUAAGCAUUUUUGUAGCAAAUCAGUUUGCUGUCGAUUUUACCCUAGGGAGUUUAUAUUUUAUGCUAUCGUGAAAUUCUUGUCAUUUAUCAUCAUAUCACUAAACAGUAUAAGGCUGGGAAAUUCUGUUUCUCAUCAGUAAGGAAAGUAGAUUUAUAACAAAUGUAGAAUUAGAUGGAAAAGACACUGGAGCAGGAAUGUGCAGUUUCUAUUUUGAAAUUUACCCUCCCAAAUUCUGGACCCAUGAAAUGCAUGUUAAGUGUAUGUUCUUUUGGCGAGUACUAAGCUUCUGUUUCAUAAUGAAUAACUGUAAGUCAGCAUGCUAACAACUUUUCUGAAGUGUUCUUUAUCCAGUUUCACCAUAUUUAAGAAAAAGUGAUUCUUACAGCUUUGUUAGAAUCCUGGUGAAAAUGUUAUUCAUGGUUCCUGUGUUAUUUUAUUGUAAUGUUAUAUAAGCAGCAACAAUGAUUAUAUAUUUUUUUUUCUAUACUAAUGACCUAAUUUUGUUGAAGAGUUAAUUUAUUAAAUGUGGAAUUUAAGCAAGUGUCCCUCAGAGGUUAUGCAUUUUCAUGUCAAGUUGUAACUUAAGCUGUAUCAGUAGUUACCUUUACGUAAGAAAUAGUUA